AUGAAAUUUGAUGAUUUUUUAAACACAAUCAAUGAUUUUGGUCGAUAUCAAAAAGUAAGAUACUUUUGUAUAUGUUUAACAUACAUGUUACCAGCUGUUAUGGUUUAUACCUGGUCAUUUGCUGCUGCUAUACCUUCAUUUCGGUGUGCAUUAUCUGAAAACGAUACUGUUUUUAAUAGAAAUAUUUCCAUACAAUACGAUCGAAGUCAACCUGAUGAAGAUUAUUGUAAAGCAAAUAUGAAAAUAUCGGUAAAAGAAUGUCAAAGAUGUUAUAUGAAAACGAUAUCAGAAACAGGUAUAGCACAACUUCAACCAUGUGAAGGUUAUGUUUUUGAUCGAAAAUAUCAUCAAUAUACCCUUGUUGAAGAAUGGUUAAUGGUUUGUGAUCGAACGAUAUUUCGUUCAGCAGUACAAAAUCUAUUUUUUGUUGGUUAUAUGGUUGGAUCGAUUUUCUUUGGGAUCAUGGCUGAUAAAUAUGGUCGUCGUCCUAUUAUGAGUAUUUGUAUAAUAAUAAUGGCUUGCACGGGAUUUAUCUGUGCAUUUUUUCCACAAAAAAAUUUAUUUGGAUUUUGGCCAAGUUACUUAGUUUAUACGAUAAGUCGUUUUAUUUUGGCUUGUUCAACAAGAGGCAUCGCUGUUACUGGAUUUGUAUUAGCAACUGAAUUAGUUGGUCCGAAAAAUAAAUUUUUAACUGCAAUUUGUGUUCAAUAUUUUUUCGCUUCUGGUCAAUUAUUUUUAGUUAGUUUUGCUUAUUUUAUUCGUGAAUGGAGACGUCUAACAUUUUCUUUAUCAUUAUUCACAUUACCAUUUACAUUAUUUUACUUUGUACUACCUGAAUCAACUAGAUGGAUGAUUAGUAAAGGACAUUAUAAACAAGCAGAAGAAUUAUUUCGAAAGAUUGCAAAGACGAAUAAACGAAUAUUUAAUGAAGAAGCAUUUGAACAAUUAAAAAAUGAACAAGAAAAAACUAGAACGACUGAUACGCAAAAAGUCGGUGUUUUAUCAUUAUUUCGAUCGAAAAUUAUGUGCAUUAUAUCUAUAAAUUUAUUUUUUCAAUGGUUUGUUCAAAAUUUAGUUUUCUAUGGUGUUUCACAAAGUACUGGUUCUUGGGGUUUUGAUCCUUAUUUAUCAUUUGCAAUCUCAGCAUGUGUCGAAAUAGUAUCUUAUAUUGUAUUACAUUUGAUACUUAAUCGAAUCGGACGAAAACGACCAUAUUUUGUUGCUGUUUUUAGUUUUGCCAUAGUUGCGUUAUUAUCAAUCCCAGUACAAAAUCUAAUGGUGAAAAAUAGUCCAAGUCAAAAAGUGGUUAUAUUUAUGAUAAAUGUGUUAUUAAAAUUUCUUGCAGCUGGUAGUUAUGCUAUUAUUUAUAUAUAUUCCAAUGAAUUAUUUCCAACAGGAGUAAGAAAUACUGGAAUGGGUAUUUGUUCAAUGGUUGCACGAAUUGGAGCAAUUGUGGGAACAACAAGCAAUGAUAUGUUGACUCGAUUAUGGAUUAAUUUUCCGACGGUUUUAUUUGGUAUUUUAUGCUUCAUUGCAGCUUUUCUUAUUUUGAUGUUACCAGAAACCUUGAAUAGAACAUUGCCACAGACGAUUGAAGAUACUGAACAAAUGGGUUUAAGUUGUAUUCGUAUUCGUGGUAAUCAACGAACUUCAAAACAACAAGAAGAAACUUAUAAGAAAGACGAUCAAGAUUCAAUUGAUAGUUACACAUUAAGUGAACGUUUAUAG